CGCGGGAAUGCCGCAGGGCGCGGGGCGGCGGCGGCGGCGGCGCGCGGACGCGGCGCCCGCCCCGGCCGGGAUGUGAAGCCCGAGCGGCCGCGCGGGGGCGGGAAGGGCGGCAGGAAGGAAGCGCCCGCUCGGACGCGCCGGGAGGAGGAGCGGCGGCCCGGCCGGCCGGAAGGCGGGGAGGGGCGGCCGUUGGCCCGCGGCGGCCCGCUCUCGGCGCCUCCCGGGGCGGCGGCGGUGGCGGCGGCGGCGCCCGUGCCUCCUGCAGCCCGGCGCGGCGUCGCGGCGGGAGGAAGAUGGAGACCCACAUCUCGUGCCUGUUCCCCGAGCUGCUCGCCAUGAUCUUCGGCUACCUGGACGUCCGAGACAAGGGUCGCGCGGCGCAGGUGUGCACGGCCUGGCGGGACGCCGCCUACCACAAGUCGGUGUGGCGGGGCGUGGAGGCCAAGCUGCACCUGCGCCGGGCGAACCCGUCGCUGUUCCCCAGCCUGCAGGCCCGGGGCAUCCGCCGCGUGCAGAUCCUCAGCCUCCGCCGCAGCCUCAGCUACGUGAUCCAGGGCAUGGCGAACAUCGAGAGCCUCAACCUCAGCGGCUGCUACAACCUCACCGACAACGGCCUGGGCCACGCGUUCGUGCAGGAGAUCGGCUCGCUGCGCGCCCUCAACUUGAGCCUCUGCAAGCAGAUCACCGACAGCAGCCUGGGCCGCAUAGCCCAGUACCUCAAGGGCCUGGAGGUGCUGGAGCUCGGGGGCUGCAGCAACAUCACCAACACGGGCCUUCUGCUCAUCGCCUGGGGGCUGCAGCGCCUCAAGAGCCUUAACCUCCGCAGCUGCCGCCACCUCUCGGACGUGGGCAUCGGGCACCUGGCCGGCAUGACGCGCAGCGCCGCCGAGGGCUGCCUGGGCCUGGAGCAGCUCACCCUGCAGGACUGCCAGAAACUCACGGACCUCUCCCUGAAGCACAUCUCGCGAGGGCUGACGGGCCUCCGGCUCCUCAACCUCAGCUUCUGUGGCGGCAUCUCGGACGCGGGCCUCCUGCACCUGUCGCACAUGGGCAGCCUGCGCAGCCUCAACCUGCGCUCCUGCGACAACAUCAGCGACACCGGCAUCAUGCACCUGGCCAUGGGCAGCCUGCGCCUUUCCGGGCUGGACGUGUCGUUCUGCGACAAGGUGGGAGACCAGAGCCUGGCUUACAUAGCGCAGGGGCUGGACGGCCUCAAGUCCCUGUCCCUUUGCUCCUGCCACAUCAGCGACGACGGCAUCAACCGCAUGGUGCGGCAGAUGCACGGGCUGCGCACGCUCAACAUUGGACAGUGUGUGCGCAUCACGGACAAGGGCCUGGAGCUGAUCGCGGAGCACCUGAGCCAGCUCACGGGCAUAGACCUGUACGGCUGCACGAGGAUCACCAAGCGCGGCCUGGAGCGCAUCACGCAGCUGCCCUGCCUCAAGGUACUCAACCUGGGACUCUGGCAGAUGACGGACAGUGAGAAGGUCAGGUGAGGGCGGCGGUUCCGGCUCCCCCGCCCCGCCCCGUCCACCCCAGGACCGCCACUGUCCCCGCACACUCACACGCGCGCACUUAACACGUUCGCGGCAGUGGCCGCGCCGGGGCGAGGACGCCAAGCCCGGGCGCCCCUCCCCGCUGCGCCCGGUGUCCCGCUCCCUCUACCUACUCUCCCUUCCCGGUGGGGGGAGAGAUGGACGCUGCCGCUUCUCUGCCCGAGCCUCCGCGGGGCUGCGGAGACUGAUCCAGCCACCGCCAACCGUAUCCCGGGGCACUGUAUUUGGAAGUGGGGUGGGGGCGGGGAGGGACUAGUCGUGUCAACCCCAAGGAGUUGAGGGAAGAUGUCUGCCUUCACUUACACUUUCAUGUGGAUACUGUGAUCUGGUCUUUAUUUCGAAAUGGGUAGAGAGCAAGCCUGACUUAACAGCCUUUUCAUCCACUUUGUAACCAGUCUCUCGUCACUGCUCCUUCGGUACUCUGCGACUCACCUCGGUUUUUUUUUUUUUUUUUUUUGUUCUGUUUUGUUUUUGUUUUUUAAUAUCUGCUUUCCUUUUAGUUUUCAAAGAAAGUUGAAAUCAUUGUCCGCUUUUUUUUUCUGCUGAGCAUAUUCUAUAUAUUAUAUAUAUAUAUGACAUAUAUAUAUAUGUCUGGCUACCUCGUUUUAGUUUACUUUUUUCUCUUAUGCCCUGGAAUUCUACAAGAGAGAUAUUUUGAGACUGAAACAUUUUUGUGCCUAGACUGGAAAGAUGCCCACUGGGUUUGUAUGUCUUUUUUGUUUUGGCUUCUUCCCGGCCUGCAUCUACCCAGAGCGUCCCACUUACGCAUCCUGGCCGUGACUAUUUUUCCCCUUGUCUAUUGGGCUCUGAUGACCCAACCAUGUUUCUAAAUCUUGGUUUAAUUUAUAGCACAAAUAUAUGGGAGAAAUGAGAGCAGAGCUGCUUUUUUGUUUGUUGGAGAUGCAGAUAGUCUUGAAGAGGAGUAUUAUAUAUGCAAAUUGUCCCCACCCCAGCCCUCUUCCAAGUUUUCCCACAAAAAGGUUACAUAGUGAGGCUUCCUGUCGGGAGUAGAGCUCGGCGUCGGCCUGCAGAGAACCUGGGGCUGUUAGUGAAAGGGAGGAGACUGAAGUACGUCCUGUCUGUGUUCUGUUCAUAAAAUGGGAGCUUGUGGGUUUGAAAACUUUUGUUUCUAAAUGGAGGAAUAGAUGACUUUAUUUUGGUGGGGGGGUUGGGACUGUGGCUUUAAAAAAUCGCUUUUGAGUAGGAUGUAUAUUUUUGUUGGAUAUUUUGUUUGUUUAUUUUUUUAGAGUCCUCCACGCAACAUGAGAGACCAUGGAGAAACCCAGAGACCUUUAUCAAUUAAUUGUACUGUUUGUGAAUUUGUAUAAAUGAUAACAAAGAUCCUCUUAAAACGUUUAUAUUCUUACAGUAAAAGGUUAAACUGAUAUUUAUAUAAUAAAAGAGGAAAUAUGAA